AUGGAAGAAUAAGUAACACGUCCUGGCAAAAAACUUUGGGCUAUUGCACGUAAAAAAGUAAAAGUAAUAGCACGUAUAAAUGCUAUGAAAAGAAUAACUCUUUAAAAUUAUUAUGGAGUUAGAGAUGAUAAUGAUUUUGUAGAGGCCACUUAAAUUAAUAAAUGGGUUAUUUAUCCUGACUCAAAAUUCAAAGGAUGUUGGGAUUUUAUCAUCAUACUUCUUAUGCUUUAUACAUGCACAAUUUUACCAUUUCGUUUAGCAUUUUAAGAUUCUACAAGUGAUGUAUGGAAUACAAUUGAUGAAGUCUUUAAUUAUGUUUUUAUGGCAGAUAUUGUUAUUAAUUUCUUUACUGCUUAUUAAGAUGCUGAUAAUGUUUUAGUUACAAACAAUAAAUAUAUAGUAAUGAAUUACUUGAAAAGUUGGUUUCUAUUAGAUGUAGCUUCAGUGUAUUAAAAUGAUAUUAAAUUUAAGGAUUCCUUUUGAUUAAAUAUUCCAGCCAGAUCCAUAAACUGAGACUGCCACAACUCAAGGGUAGAAAGGUUCAUACACUUAAUUAUUAAGAUUGACAAGAUUACCUCGUUUAUAUAGAUUAUUGAAGGUAGUAAAGUUAUUCAGAAUAGUUCGAUUUUAAUAAACAAAUAGAUCAUCUAUGUUUUCAAAAUUAAUAAAAUCUUGUAUAAAGUUGGAUGCAAGUAUAAAAAGAAUGAUAAAAAUAAUGGGAAUGUCAUUAUUAUUUUUGCAUUUGAGUAGUUGUUUUUAUUAUUUAAUAACAAAAAUUGAGACUGAUACAGUUACAUGGGUGACUAAUUUAGGUUUGGAAGAGGCAGAUGAAGCAACUCUUUAUAUUAGAUCAUUUCAUUGGGCAUUAUAAACAUUAACUACAGUGGGUUUUGGAGAUGUAUCACCAUAAACAGAUUGGGAGAAAUUGUAUGCAAUAUUUUGGAUGGGAGUAGGUAGUGCUUUCUUUUCAUUUAUGAUAUCAAAUCUACAAGGAGCAGUAGGAGAUUCAGAGAAAUCAGCUAAGAAUAAGAUUAUGAGAUUGAAUGUUAUUUAGAAUAAAAUAAAGAUUCCAGAUUAUUGUAUUAUAUUUAAUUUUAAUAAAUUUAAGUAUUUGGAUUGAUAAAGAGACAACUUGAAUCAUAAUAAAUAGAAAAUUCUAGAUAAUAAAUAAUAUUACAAACUAAACCAUUAAUUAAAUAGUUGCCUACAUGUUUAAGAUCAUCUGUAUAAUUGUGUAUUUAUGCUCAUGUUAUUGAAAAAAUUAAAUUUUUAUAAGAUAAGGAUAUAGAAUUAAUUAUGGAUGUGAUUCCUAAGAUAUCUCCAUUAAAUUGGGCUUAAGGUGAUAUACUAUUUUCAACUGAUGAUUAUGCAGAAGAGAUCUAUUUUGUUUCAAUUGGAGAAAUAACUACAAGAGCUGCAGAUGGUUCUACAAUAUCUGUUUAUAGAGAAGGUGAUACUCUAGGAUUAUUGGAAGCAAUUUAUGAUGUUAGAAGAAUAGGUACUGCUAUAUGCAGUAAAAACACAUAACUCUUUAGUUUGGAUAGAACAACUUAUUUAUAAAUGUUGUAGGAUUAUCCAUAAUUACUUUCUGAAGUUAAAUAAUAGGUUGACAAAAGAAUUAAAGAAGUCAAGCCUUUUGUUGAAGAUGCUACUAUUUUGAAUAGAUCAAUUUAUGAAGUUAUGUAAGAUUAUUAAAGAAAGAUUAAUAAAAUUAAGAAAAUAAUAGAGUAAUUAUAAAAAUCAGAGGAUAGCAACGAUAUCAUAGAUACUGAUAAAAAUUAAUUACAAAUAUUUCUAUAAACCAAUACACAAUUAGGUGAUAUUAUGAAUUUACAAAGAGAAUCCAAUUCUAGAGAAACUGUAAUGUUUGAAAAUGCAAAAAGCAUGAACAAUUUAAUUGAUUAAUUAGCUGAUUUAUGGUAAAAGUAAUUGAUCGAGAAAAUUGAUUAAAUGCAUACUGAAACUACUUAUAUGAUUUAAGCUGUUUAAGAUAGAGUAGAGUAUUAUUAGAAAGCCACAAAGAAGUUUUCAAAUCUUAAAAAUGAUCUAACUAAACAAAAGGAAAAUAUAUAGAGUAUGACAAAAAUAUGA